AUGGCUAAAGAGCAAACUGACUCGGAAGGAUCUGCUCCUAAGGCCGCCGUACCAGGUCUGAAUGGAACGUUCUAUAUGGCCUAUCCUAUUUUUUCGAUGUGUUCUGAUGAGCAUGGUCUGGUGCUCACUGGUGGUGGGGGAGGAGGAAAGGAGUAUGGCGUUCUCGACUAUAUCCAAGCGCAUGUGUAUGAUGAGAGUACAGAGUCCUUUACUACCGUAUCAUCUAUAGAGACGGACACCAAGGUCUGCUAUGAUAUCACUUACUGUCCAGCUGAACGGUUUACUGUGGAAUUGUCCAAUCCUGGCCAGACUGUUUGUAAUGUCCUCCGAUACAGUCCCUCAGGAGCGGAGUUACUCACUGGUGGUGAUGAUGGAGUCGUUCGUGUUUGGAACCUGGCCUCAUCUACUUCCGCACCACGCCUGGCUUUGGAUGAUCAUCAUAAGGAGAUAGUAGAUGCCGAAUGGGCUCCUAGUGGAGAUCGCUUCGUCACCUGCGGUCGGGACCGGUCUGUAAAGCUGUGGAGUGGGGAAGGUGCUUGUACGGACACUAUCAUACCAGAGAAGAUGAAGGCCAUUUCUCCCCUCGCCAAAUUUGCCAGGUUUGUCAACGAUACUUAUUUGAUCGUUGCGACUCAUGGGCCACGAGGACCUUCCUGGCUGACAGUGUACGAUGUGGGCUCUGAUGGCAAGGCAAAAGAGGUGAAGAAGAGUCAGAUUUCUAAAGCUGUAAUUUGCAGUAUCGCCUUGAGCCAGGAUCGAUCUAGAGCUGCUAUAGGAUUUGUGGACAGCACUAGAAUGGUAGUGCAGACAGCAGUAACUGCCCAUCAACGUGUGUUUGGCAGAUACUGA